GCGACCCUGGGCUUGUCAGCGAGCCACCGCCAGGCUGCUUCUCGGAAACCAGUCAGGAAGGAAGAUUGGAUCCCGCCACCUCCCCGCCUCCCAGGAGGGCUUUCUCGGGGCCCCUGUCUCCCCAAGAUGACUCUUCCUCACUACUGGGAGCCCCGAAACCAGCAUUCCCAGCGGCAGGAAGAUGGAUGAGCUGGCCUCCACUUCCGGCUCUCCUCCCCCGCUCCGGCUGGAACUUGCGUCAGUCGCGUGUUUGGUUCACUGUGUCUGACUCUGCGUGCCUCAGACUGACCAGCACCAGCGCACUUCACACUGCCGCUGCUUCCCUUGUUUCCUGCCUGACCCCUCCUCACGUUGGAAGGUGCAGUGACCAGUCUGCGCCUGCCCCUCUCUUUUCGGGGCUGGUUCUCCCUCCUGGGCAGCCCACUGAGCCCCUGGCCACUGAUGGGCUUUCCCGGGGCCGCUCAGUUGCGGUGGAAGGACCUGGAAGCUUCAGCAGACUGGGGCUUUCCCAAGCCGCCUUCCUCCAGAUCCAGGAGGCCUCCGGGCUGGGUGCCAGGGAGAGCACGCCGCUUCCAGCCACCUCGGAUCACCUGGCUGCGUGCAACUUGGGGACAGAACCCGCCGCUGGUUUCAGAGCAGCACGUGAUGCUAUUUCCAGGAGGCAGAAAAAGCAAUGCUUUUAUCUGGAGUCCUGAAGAAUUGGUAGGGACCCUGAGAGGUAAAGACUUUAUGUCUCUUCCUUCUCUCGGUUAUGGAAUCAGAGGAAAUACAGACAUACUUUCUUAGCUUCACCCAUAGGAGAUGGAAGUCUGAUUUGAACACUGCACAUCUUAUUUUCUGACUGAACUUGAAAACAACACAAAACUCCAUUCUUGUAUUAGAGAAUUGUCUACUUAAUACAGUUUUAGGACACCAGUUCUGUAUGUCACAGUAGAGAAUAAGGUUGGUGGUUCAUGAGGUCAUACUUGAAUGUCCUGACCGCUCAUCUGUGAUGGGGAAGGGGGAGCCCUUGAUCUUCCUCACUCCGGUUCAUGGGCGAGUCAGCCUGGCCCAGGUGAAACCCACCUGUGAGUAGUGGUUAGAGCCUCCCAGGCAGAAAGGGUGCUUGUUUCCUGAUGCAGUGAGAUAACAUCAGAAAAUGCUUUGCAGACUGUGAAAUAGUUUACGAAACAGGGCAAAACUAAUGUGAAUGUUCACACAGUUCAAUGAUAACUUACACUAUUUUAUUUCAUUAUAUAUAAUAAUAUGUAGGAACUGGUUAUGGAAUUGAAUAAAUUAGCCUAGAAUUCAUGACUUUUGUAUUGCGAUUGUCUAUGUAACUUGUCAGCUUUGACUUUCAUGUUCUUUGAGCAUCACUUUGUAACUCUUCUCUGUGCCUUUCGAAUGGACCGUUAUGAUGUGUCCCAUCACAAGUAUAACUGCAGUAAGACAGCUUUUGCUCAGGCAAAGAUCGCAUCUGCCUCCAUUCUUCAGUGAGAAUCCUCUUCUUCUGGAAGCUGGUUUCACAUGGUGGCUUAGAUUUUUCCAUCUUUGUAUCUAGCACCAUUUGAAAUCAGUGUUUUAGGAGUAAGAAUUGCAGCGCAGCCAAAGGCCAACCGCAGAGGAGCUGCUGCCCUGGGACCAGCUCCCCUCCUCCUGCCACCUGAGCUGGUUCAAGAAAAGAAGAACUUGAGAAGCAAAGUUCACUCUUGAGCGUAUUGGGUGGUGGAAGGGGGACAGUGCAGGGGUGGGGUGGUGUUCGGUAGAAACUCCGGGGCAGCCAUCAGCAGGAACCUGUUGGUGGGGUCUUUGAGCGUGUGAUCGGGCAUCUCCAGGUUGGGUACCUGAUCGCAGUCGGCAGCGGGAGGGCCGUGGACCGGAAGGACUCUCUCAUCGCACCAGCACUGCCCACCUGCUCCUACACGCCACGGGACAUCCAGCUGCAGUGGCCGAGUAGGUGAAAUCAGACUUGCCACCUGCACCGUCACCGUGUGGACCCCACUGAGCGCCGCCGGACCCAUCUCUUACACAGGCUGACCGAUUUCUCCUGGUGUUCAGAGUCUGUUUUUGUCUAGCACCAUUUGAAAUCGGUUAUGAUGUAGGGGGAAAAGCAGCGGCCUCGAGGUCUCACGCCAAGUCCGGUCGGCAGCAGCCUGUGGCUUCCCGGAAGAUGGAUGGGCAGAGAGGGGGAGGGAGGUUACAGCUUCUCCUGCUGACGUCCUUAACUACAUCUGCAAUACUUUAUGCACAGGUAAUAGAUCAUUUAGCAGAUUUUUAGAAACAAAUCAUUGUAGUGUACCUAAUGUCCUCAGUUUGCUAAAAUGUGGUAGUGCUAUAAACUCCGAAUUGAUUGCUAUUAUCUUUCUGUUCACGCAUCCUGACCUUAAUAAAUGUUUUACUGUAUUCAA